ACCGCCAAGCCUGUGUUGCCGUCGACUUCGUCUCACGCUUGUGAUUGGUGAUUUGCGGCAUGGGGACUUUCAGGCUGCUGUGCUGGCAUUGGCGGUUUGCCCACAGAGCUGUCUUCUGGGCUCUGAUAAUGACAGCUGCCGCUCUCGAUGGAUACGACGAGCCACCUGGAGACUUUGAUUAUUGGGAGGAAAACAACAUCAAACACCAACAAAUUGAUCGAGAGGAAGCUACAGAUAGAACAGAAAUUUUACUUCAAAGGCUACUCAAAAUUCUUCAGAAGCAGCAACAUCCCAAGCCAUCUCUCUAUAGACAGCAAUUGUAUUCCCUGGAGAAAAUUCAUGAAGAUUCGAAUUGGCCAGGCAACGACGUCGAGAAGCGAAACUCGCGGCCACCACGUCGUCCCGACUUGAUGUUGAGACUACAAAGAGUUUACAAUGUCAACAAGGAAAAACAUUUGAGAAGAAAUCCUCAGGUGUGUUUAUUCAAGCUGUGUCCGUCAGGAUAUUCCAAGAGAUAUUUCCAAAAGUAAUAUGGUUGAAAUAGGUUGAUGAUGCUCAGGACAAAUUAUAUAUAUAUAUAAUUAGAUUACGA